AUGCCGGAAAAAUACAUGCAUCCAAAACUUGGAGAUCAUCAUGUAAAAAACUGGACUAUACUCCUCACUGUUAACGACGCUUAUUUUGACUUUUUUCGGAACUGGCAUUUGGUUUACCGGAAAUUAAACAUUAAUUACCCAAUAAUUAUCGUAGCAGAAGAUGAAUUAGUUUAUGAAAAAUUAAGACCAUUUCAAUCUGAAUCGGUGACAAUAGAAAAAAGUGGACAUGAGGAUGUUGACAAAUCUGCAGCGUAUGGAAGUAAGGAAUUUAGCAAAUUAGUUUCUCAAAGACCAACACAUAUUUUGAGGCAUCUGACAAAAGGAGUAAAUAUACUUUACUCGGAUAUAGACAUGGUUUGGAUUCAAAAUCCAUUCCCAUAUUUCACAGGUGAUUUUGAUAUGUGGCUUGAACUUGACAGCAAUAACAAUUAUUGUACAUGUUUUAUGGCAAUUAAAAGCAACGGAAAUUGUUUGAGACUAAUUAAGACUUGGCAAAAUUCUCUGCAGCUCGAGCAAGAAAUAGAUCAAGUAGCAUUUAAAAAAGUAGUAAAGAGCGUUACUAUAAAUAUUUCAAUUUUAGACAAUCGUACCUUCCCGACUGGCUGGCAAUAUUUUGACAAGUAUACGGAAAAACAGCAAGAGUCAGCUAUUGUCGUUCAUAACAACUGGAUUGUGGGAAAGACUGCAAAGCUGGAGCGUUUCAAAAAAUAUAAACUUUGGUUUGUUCCCGUAUAA